AUGCAGCUAAGUAUGGACUUCAAUGUGACGCAGGCACUCAUUGAGAAUGGCGUAGAUGUUUCCGCUGUACCUCAGCUCUUGAGGCUUGCCGAGCAAACUCCCCUCAACGGUUGCUUCAUUGCUUGUUUUGCUUUGAAGGCUGUGUAUGGAAAUAAUACAAUACUGUCGAACCAAACUUUACCGUACAAUGCCUUCCUAGGCACCUAUUGGUCGGGUCAACAGGCAGACAUCGAGCCAUUAUGCGUCUUCGAGCCAGCAAAAGCAACCGAAGUAUCAUCCAUGGUCCUGAUCUCUCGAUUGACCCAAUGCCCGUUUGCCGUCAGGGGAGGCAGUCAUGCUGCCUUCGCAGGAGCAUCAAACAUUAAAGGUGGCAUCACGGUCUCGAUGAAGAAGUUCAAUACCAUCGCACCAUCCAUUGAUGGGAAAUACGCUGACGUCGGCCCUGGAAACCGGUGGUUUGAUGUUUACACAGCACUUGAGAAGCAUGGUCUCGGCGUUGUUGGGGGUAGAAUCGCUACAGUUGGUGUUCCUGGUCUCAUUCUUGGAGGCGGAAUCUCGUUCUUUUCUAACAAAUUGGGCUGGGCAUGUGACAAUGUUGCUGCUUACGAAGUCGUUACGGCUUGUGGCCGUAUUGUGACCGCUACUCCUACGGAUUACCCCGAAUUGUUCUGGGCUUUGCGUGGUGGCAGUGGCAAUUUCGGCAUUGUUACUAACUUCAAAUUGGACGCGUUUCCCCUGGGCCUAAUGUGGGGAGGUCAGCGUAUUUUCUUAGAGAGUAACUUUACUGGUGUACUCGAUGCUCUAUACGACUUUGCUGUCACCGGCUCCUCCACAGAUACCGAUGCUGCUGAGAUUGCGUCAUUCGGCUACGUUCCUUCGCUCGGAGGGAAGAUCAGUGCUGUGAAUACGCAAUAUGCGAAACCUGUUGCCCACCCCCCAAUCUUCGACCCUAUCCGUGCGCUCAAACCCAUCGCAGACGACACCUCAUUCGGCUCACUUGCCAAUCUGACUGCGAAGAUGAACAACAACAGAGCAGAUGAGGACCUUGGGUUACGCCAGACCUUCUGGGACAUCUCUCUCAAAGUUGAUCGCGAACUUUACUCCUUCCUCGUUGAUACCUUCUAUACGAACUUUCCCAUUAUUCAGUCCGUCGAGAGUAUCUUGCCAUUCAUCUCGAUCCAGGCCAUCACCGAAGGUCAACUCAAAGGCAUGCAAAAGAACGGCGGCAACGCUCUGGGUCUUGGUCCAGUAGACGGCCCUUUGUUCAUCAUGAGCAUGAGUGCGUGGUGGGCCAAAGCUUCAGAUGAUGCUGCCGUGAUGAAUUUCUUCUCAACGGUCACGAAGACAGUUAAGGCAUAUGCAAAGAGUAAGAACUUGGACAACGGCUUCAUUUAUAUCAAUUACGCUAGUACAUACCAGGACCCGCUCGCUAGUUAUGGGUCGGCUAAUGUCCAGAAGUUAAUCGCUAUCAGUAAGAAAUUUGACCCGAUGCAGGUAUUCCAGAACCUCUCUCCAGGGUACUUCAAGCUGGGCCAGGGAGCCCCAGACAAGAAUAUGCCAUAA